UUUUUCAGUUUAGACAUGAUCCAGGUGGAGAGGACAAAGGAGAUGCGUCUGAAUUCAAUCAAGACGCAGAUACUGAGCUACCUGGGUCUUCUGGGCGGGCAGCCCAAUAUCAGCAGCAACCAGAACAACGGCACAAGCAAUCAACAGGCGGAGAUCAUCCGUCAGAUGUACGACAAGAUGAAGAGGUUACCGCAGUGGCCUCCCUCCGAUGUAUACACCGAGAAAGUACAGAGUUUCUACCCUUCCUGUGAAUUACCAAGGAAUACAGAUGAAGAACUGUGGAGCAACGGAGAGUCGAUGCAUUUGCUGUUUGAUUUGAAUUUCCCGACCAGUUUGCAAGGCAAUGUUGUCAACAUCAUCGCUGCUAAACUCAGGCUGCAUAAGGUCUCCCAGGCCAACAUGACAGUGGCUGUUUCUGAGACGUGCCCUCCUCCUGCAUUCGAUGGGGGUGAGUCCACCCCUGCCAUCAAGGCAUUCAACCCCAGCCUCCCUCUACCACCUUCCCCUAUCACCGUGGACGAUAAGAAAAUUCGAGUCUCCAUCUACUGGUACACCAGAUCCCUCAAGAAACACCGCGUGAAGAGGAAGCUGCUAGACAGUCAGAUGGUGUCUGUGUACGGGGACGCGUGGACCGAGUGGAAUGUCCGCCAGGCAGUCAAGGCCUGGAAGGAGUCCAACAAGAACUUCGGCCUGGCCAUCGAGGUGGAAGAUGAAGACGGAAAUCUGCUGCCGGCACACAAAUACUUCUCGCCUAUGAACUGCUCCAAGGAGGCCUCGACCUCCCGACCAAUCCCCGGCUUCCUGGUGGACGCGGCACGCCUCUUCUCGCUGGAGCACAACCAAUCAGAGACGAGCAAUGGCGGCAGUAGCUCCGCCUACCACUUCAACACGCACAUGUUCCCCAUGAUAGACCUGUGCACGGUUGAACUGCCCGAGACGGAAAUCGCCGAAGCUGUGCUCUAUCAUAAUGCCAAGUUCGCACUGGAAAGACAGCUGUUGACUGUCGUGAGGAAUAACAGCAUUGCGUCAGCUGACGUCAUGGAUGACAACAGGCAUAGGAUCAGGCAUCAGAAUCAUCAUAGGAUUGUGGUGAUGAACAGCACCGCUGUGGAAGCAAUGGCGGAUGCUGCCUCUUCGAUCUCGUCAUCGUCGCCUCCAGCCAGUGCCUCACUGAUCGCGUCGUCGCCAGUGCGACACACAGAGGUGGUGCGACGCGACAACGGCGACAGUGUCGAGGAGAUGACCUUCACGAGCAGCACCGAUGACCUUGACGGCGAUCAGCUGAGAAAGCACAUCAUUGUGCAGAAGGUCAUCAAACGCAACCGGCAGCCAGCGUCAGCUGAUUGAACUGCAACAGCUGAUCGAUGGUGACCUUGAACUUGACUACUUGCAACAGCUGAUCGAUGGUGACCUUGAACUUGACUACUUGCAACAGCUGAUCGAUAGUGACCUUGAAGUUCACUAAUUAGAACAGCUGAUCGAUGGUGACCUUGAACUGACACAGACUUACACAAAUGACCUUGGGUUGACAGGGUUGACAGAUGACCUUGAAAUAGACUUCUAGAUUUCUUCCAUACACAGUUAAAUGACUACUGGUGAUAGAGUGAGGUACACUUCAUAAAAGCAGUAUUUUAAGGAUAUCCAGGAUCAUCCUAUCCAUUAAAAAACCAAAAAAUGGUUUGAUUUAGAAAAAACUCAACCAAAAAUGGAAGAUUUGAAACGAACAUCAAGUAAUGAUGCAUGAUGAUGAAAGAUCUUCUAAUAUUUUUCACCCAUUUUGAAUCAACUAGCUACUUUCCUAUCUACCUAGUCGAUUUUGUGGACUGUAAAGUGAAUAAAACCAUUAUUACAGAAAUCAUUUAUUCAAAAAAUUGAAUAGAAAACAAUAUAAAUGCGCACCUCAGUUCACUCAGAGUUCAUAAUAUUGGUGAUCGAUUGCUUACUUGAUGAAAUGUUUAUUCAUUUAUCUUUGACAAUGCAUGUCAAAAUGAUAGACUUCCCAUGAACUUUUCUCUAAAAUCGACUGAAUAUUAUCCAAGCUCUUCAUAAUAUUGCAUUUUUUGUAAAUGAAACAGAGCCUGUAUGCUUUUCUUAAAAUGUGUGUAUACAGAGCUGGGCUACUCAUUUUUUAUCCAUAGAAUAACAUCAUAGUAGGCUACCCUUUUCUUGAAAAGUUUUCAAAUAUAAAAUAACAGAUUGAAAACACGAAGCCUGUAGGCUUUAUAUUUUUUUGAAAAACCUGCAAUUUUUCUUGGUUCCAUAUUAUGAAACCAGGAGGCCUCUAUAAAUAAUUAGGAAUAUCUGAUAAUAUAGUUGAGUAUUGCCUAUAUGUUUAUUUAUUAAUCUCAAGAAGAACUAAUGCUAAUAUACAAUAUUUUGAACAAUUCUCAACAAUAAAAAAUAAAUAAUAUGAAGAAAAAACCAAGGAGAAAGAAUAUUAUUUAUGCUUCUACAAUAUUUGGAACAAUUUUUAACAAAAGAAAAAGAAUUAUAUUGUGUUUUCUCUGAAAAUAAAUAAUAAAACAGCUCUUCUCAAAUGUAAUGUCCAAUAGAACUGAUAUAAUAUUGUAUUAUUGAACAGUCAUUUAGAUUUAGGUUUCAAAUAUUUUUGUUCAAUGUGAAUAAUUAUGUUAUUCAUGAAUCAUAACAAUGAACUUCAUGAUUCUUUAUUGAUUCAUACAAUAAGUACAUCAUCAAAGUUCUCUUUAUUCAGAAUAGCCCCUGUUGAAUCAGUAAUUGAUGAAUACCAAUUCUAUUGAAAUAAAUUAUGGUAACUGAAAAUCAAACUUAAAAUCGGAAUCUGAAAGACUGACUGUAUAUUUUAUGAAUAUUAUAUAAAUACUAAUUAAUUCUUAAGCAUUAUGCAACAUGAUGCACAGUAGUUAUAACUGCUACCCACUAUUCUAGUGUUUUUUAUGUGUAGAUGAUUUAGAAUUUAAUUUAUAUUAACUCUAAUGAUAAGCUAUCUAUAAUUAACUAUUAUUCAAUCUAAUCGUUCCUUAUUUUAGAAUACGUAGUUGUAUGUAUUAAAGUUAAUGUCUUCAUGAUAAUUUAUUGUCAAACAUAUUAACUAGGCUAACUUUUAAGUUGUAAAGAUUGUGAAGCUUGAAUUUAACACUUUAUCAGGAAACAGUUGAAUAUUCAAGUUGAUUAAAUGUAUUGAUUUUUUAAAUUUUCCGGCGAAAUAUUAUUCCUGAUAGGUAUUUGAUGAUUUAAUUGAGAAAUUUUACAGUUGAAUAAUAAUUCGACAAAUAAUAAGAAGCGUUUCACCCUGUUGUCAAUAUUUGUAGUAGCAGAAGUCAUCAGGGUGAUUUACAGCAUUUAAUUUGGAUUUACGUUCAAUAAUAAUUUGAGUGAUAAUACUUGUUUGCUUAUUAGGUGAAUAUUGUAAUAUUGUGAGUUCUAAUAGUAAUUGGAGAACAGUAAGUUUUUCAGAAUGUAAAAAAUCUAUAAUUUGCAACAAAUUGAAGAUAUUGUUGAAGGUUUUAUACCAAUUGAUUUUUCAUAGCUUGUAUCAAUAAGAUAAUAUGGAAUCUAAAUUUAAAAAUGCCAAAUUAACAAAAGGAAAAAAAGAUUCAAGUUAUAUUGAUUGAUGAAAAAACAGUCAUUGAAAUUCAAUGCAACUCUAUUCAUUAAUUCAUUUUUACAAGCAGGCCAACUAAUAAUACUAUCUAGGAUUCGAGAAGGAUUUUGACUAUGAGUGUUCAAGACUUCUUGAUAUAAUGAUAGAUCACUUUUGUUUCUAGUUCUAUCUAUUAUAGCUUGUAAAUAAGUAGACUACUAUUUUUAUACUUAAUUUUUAUUUCAUCUAGGCAAGCCAAAAGAACAAUAAUAUUGUUCCGAGUUUUCAAGACGUCUUGGAAAUGUUGAUAACAUUAUAAUUUGUAUUUAACAUAGCUGUAAUUGUAAUCAUUAUUGUUUAAUUGUUUAAUAACAUUAUGUAAGUUAUCUUGAAGUUCAACUUCUAAAAAUAAAAUCUAUGAGAUAAUAAUA